AUGACAGAUUAAUAUCCUUUUUUAGAAGAGAGAAAAUUUAUAAUAUUAAUAUGCAAAAUAUGUAGCUAUAUUUGUUUUAAAAUAAUUAAACAUAAAUUAUUUGAUAAUUUAAUAUUAUUAAUAAUUAUAUUUAAUUCUAUUACAUUGUGUUUAGAUGAUCCUACAUAGCCUACAUCAGAUCCUAUAAUGCUUACAAUAGAAGAGUUUUUUCUUUGGGCCUAUUUUGCAGAAUGUGUAUUAAAAAUAACUGCAAUGGGUUUUAUUUUUAACAAAAAAUCAUAUUUAAGAGACGGCUGGAAUAUUUUGGAUUUCACUAUCGUUACCUCUUCAGUAAUCCCAGUAUUUAUUGGAGGAGAUAGUUCCGUUAAUCUAUCUUCUUUAAGAAGUUUGAGAGUUUUAAGACCCUUAAGGACAAUUUCCUCAAUCAAAAGUUUGAAACUGAUUUUAAUUACUCUUUUUAGUGCUCUUCCUUAUCUUAUAAAUACCUUAAUUAUAUUAAUUUUUUUCUUUUUAGUAUUCGCAAUAGGUGGGCUUUAACUUUUUAUGGGAUUAUUAAAAAAAAAAUGUUUCGAAUAAAGCACAGGAAUACCCUAUAUAGAUAAUACUGGAAACUAUAUUAUCUGUGGCGGCGAAACAUAAUGCAAAAGCGGCUAUAUAUGUGGCAAAACAUUAAGUAAUCCAAACCACGGAGUAACAAAUUUUGAUAAUAUUUUAACAGCAUUUUUAAUGGUAUUUUAAUGUGUAACAUUAGAAGGAUGGACAUAAAUUAUGUAUUGGCUUUUUGAUUCUUUUACAAUUUUUAUAGUAAUUUAUUUUGUUUGCAUAGUAUGGUUCGGUUCUUUUUUUUACUUAAUUUAACUUUAGCAGUUAUUAAGGCUAAGUUUAGUGAAAAUCAAGAUAAUAAAAAGGUGAAAUAAAUCGUAAAUGAAGACAAUGAUAAAAUCGAUAUUAUGGUAUUAAAGAAUUUCCGAAGAAUGGAAAGGAAUCAUUUAAAAAGACACCUUUUAAUUUAAAAGCUUUAAAAUAAAUUCGGGGUUAUUGAAGACGAAAAGAAUAAAUUUAAUGAAGGGUUGAUGUUUAAUUGGGAAGACUUAAUGAGAUUAAAAUAAAUUUAGGAUAUAUAAGAUAAAAAAUAGGCUCAAAUUGACUUAAUUAACAAAGAAUAACUAAAAUUAGAGAAAAAUCGAGAAAAAUAUAAAUAAAAAAUAAAAAGAGCAUUAUCUAAAGAAGGCGGGGAUGUUU